AUGUUUCACCGGCAAGCGAUAGUCACUGUAUGCGGAAAACGCGACAAGCACGGAGUCAUCAGCGACAAGCAGGGUUACCAGAGACUGAACCUGGUCGAAAAGCGAGUCAUCCCUGACUAUUGGCAAUAUGGUGCACGGAUAUUGCACCUGCAGAUGGUCACUGUGUGCGGAAAGCGCAAUGAGCGCGGAUGUAGGCACUUCUGGAAGGAUUGGGACGAUGAGGGGCUCGCGGAUUUCGAGCUGGGGCGGAAUACUUUCAGCAACCUGAUAUUCUGGGUUGCACUCGGACUCUUGAGGUGCGCAUACAAUGGGCGCUUCGAUUUCGACUGGUGGUGGGGAGAUUUUGGUGAGAGGUACUUCUGCAACUACUGGGGCAGAGAUGGUGUCGCAUAUCUCGCUUUCAGGCACUGUAGCUGCGCCUUCUGGUUGCUCUUGGGCGUGCUCUGGUUGUGGAGGUGCACUUGCGAUGGGCGCUUCAGUGACUGGUGGCGCUUCGACAAUAGGACGAGUAUAGCGGCGACCAACACUGCAUUCUGGGUACAUCUUCAAGACGAAAUUAGUGAACUCCUCGUAGUUGUUACCUUCAUAAUAUCGAAAAAGCUGGUGUUGUUCCUGCGCCGUAUAUCACAGGGCAUACUUGAUGCAAUCCUGCUCCAAAAGGCCAUUGUGUGUGAGGCAAAGGCAUGCCAAACAUAUCUAGUGGGCCGCUCAUGGCGCGAAAAUGUGGAGCGGAAGUAUGCUAAGCGAGUUCCCACGGCUCGGAGCCGAAUAGGAAGUACUAAGGUAAAUGGUGAGGGAAAAUGCACCAAUGGACCUUGGAGGACUGGGACGGGACAUGCGGAGGACAGGCGACGGAUCCUAGGGAAAUGCGACGAAGUGCACCGUAACGCACUUGAACGCGCUGGGGAAGCGGAGAAAGCAAAUAUCCACUGGUCAACUCUAGGGGGAAUGCGCAAAGCGCGGGAACAAAGGCGCUAUAGGCGCGCGAAGCGCGGGAAAGUCGCGCAUCGAAAAGCGGAACUGGGUGAAAGCGGUAUGCGAGCGAUAGUGAGAUGUUAA